ACAGAGUCACCAACCACUUGAUGCCACGUCGCCAUCAGAUAUGCUGCUCUCUCUCCAUCGCGUCGCUCGGUGGCCUCCUGCCACUGCUGUCGGCUCCCCUCGAAUCCGCCGACCAUUCUCGAUCACCGGCCCGAGGACGUUGGCAUCUGCCGCACGCGCAGGAACGGAGCGCGCCUGCUCCUCCUCUUCUUUCGACCCGCAAGCCUUUGAGGCAGAGAGGAUUCGCCUCGACGCGGAGGCACGGGCUUCAAUGGCCGCCGUCGCGGUCGUUGUAUCCGAAGAGGGCGCCGGCGAAGAAGAUCUCAAGGCAUGGAAGUGGAAGAUCCGGAAGAGGGUGUGGGAUCUCUUAGAGUCAGAGAACAUCGCGCGAAACCCUCGCCCCGUCCACCACCGAAUCCCUAAUUUCGACGGCGCGGCUCUAGCCGCUGAUCGGUUAGGUCAGUUGGAUGUAUUUGAGAAGGCUGGAUGUGUGAAGGUCAAUCCUGAUUCACCUCAGAAACAAGUCCGCUUGUUGACACUCACAGGUGGGAAGCAAUUGUUGACUCCUCAACCACGACUGAGGACUGGUUUUUUCUCUGUACUAGAAUCUGAGGCACUACCUUCUGGGUCAAUUUUGGAAGCAUGUACUUCUGUAGGAGCUGCAAAAUAUGGCCGUCCUAUUGGCUUGGAUGAAAAAAUAAAAGUUGAUUUGAUAGUUAUUGGUUCAGUUGCAGUCGAUCCAAGAACUGGAGCACGAUUGGGCAAGGGCGAGGGCUUUGCAGAACUUGAGUAUGGAAUGCUGCGAUACAUGGGAGCUAUUGAUGACAAUACGAUGAUAGUAACAUCCGUUCAUGAUAAGCAAUUGGUGAAUGAUGAUAUCCCAGUGGAUAAGCUCUUGGUUCAUGAUGUGCCGGUUGACAUUAUCUGCACUCCAACUCAGGUCAUCUACACCAACACAAAAAUACCAAAGCCACAAGGAAUCUAUUGGGAAAAGUUAUCUCCAGAAAAGUUGGGUCAAAUUCGAAUUCUUCAAGAGCUGAAGAAACGCAUAGAGCAAGGGACUGGGCAGCUGCUACCUACUGGGCCUUCCGAAAAGCUUCCUCCGAUAGCGGCCUGCAAUCGCAGACGCAGACGCAGCCGGUAGUUUCAUGUAAGCACUCUAUUUUCUAACUCCCUUGUUUUACGCACAUCACACUGAGCUGAUAGUUUCUGCUAUCGUAAUGUGUCAUUUUGACCACCAUUGAAAUGACUAUGGAAUUUUUGUUCUUAACCUGAGAAUGUUGUAUUAAUUUUGUUUGGGUUAUUCCUGUAGAAUAGGUUAUAGUUAUUUAUGCUGAUGAAUUGAGUUUUUUUUAUUUAAAGUGUUCAGUUUUCGUUUAAAACAAUGUAAUUGUUGUUCAAAACUAUUUUGCUAUCUAUUUAAAUUGUUCUAUUUGUUUAUUUAGGUUA